GGAGAGAGGAGGCACUGGAGAGUGAAGACCUGCCCCGAAAAGAAUCUAUUUUUUUCCCCUUUCUUUCUUUUUUUUUUUCUCUUUUUUUCGCUCUGAAUGCCACAUAUUCAUCAAAAUUAGCGCGUUUAUUUAUUAUUAGUUUGCAUCGGGAGGAGGAGGACGCGCACCAUGGCAGCGGUGGCUGUUCUGCGGAAUGAAACACUGCAAGCUUUACUCCAGGAUCGCACUCCAAACUCCUCACCGGAGAACUGCAAGCAUUCUCCGCUGGCGCUCCUGGCCGCCACUUGUAACCGCAUCGGACACCACCACGGAUCCAACCACCCAGAUUUCCUCCAAGUCCCCUACGAUCCCACGCUGGGCUCCCCGUCGCGCUUGUUUCACCCGUGGACUAACGAGGGGAGCCCCCAGAGCGCUCUGGCCGGCAACUCUACUUUCGGACUAUCCUCCAAGCCUCAGCUGUCCGCGCACAUCCAGAGCUCCUUCAGCUCCCACCACGAACUGCCCCUCACCCCUCCGGCGGACCCUUCCUACCCGUAUGACUUCUCCCCGGUUAAGAUGUUACCUUGCUCCAUGCAGUCCCUCCAGUCCACCUGUCCUCCCACCUACGUCCCCGCGGUCAGCUACGCGGCCCCGGCGCCCAUCCCGCCCCAGAUGCCGGGUUUCGUGACUGGACCGUCCGGCCUGGUCCACCAGCAGCAGAGACAGCUAUCCCCGAACCCCGGGGAGGACAUCCCGUGGUGGAGCCUGCAGCAGGGCAACCACGUCGGCCACUCUUCCUCCCUGGGCCCGCACCGCUUCCAGCUGCAGAGGGGCUUGGUGCUGGGGCACACGGACUUUGCGCAAUACCAGACGCAGAUCGCCGCCCUGCUGCACACCAAGUCCCCCCUCGCCACGGCGCGGAGGUGCAGGCGGUGCAGGUGUCCCAACUGCCAGUCGUCCACCUCCAGCGACGAGCCCGGCAAGAAGAAGCAGCACAUCUGCCACAUACCGGGCUGCGGGAAGGUGUACGGCAAAACGUCGCACCUCAAGGCGCACCUGAGGUGGCACUCCGGGGAGCGGCCGUUCGUGUGCAACUGGCUGUUCUGCGGCAAGAGCUUCACCAGGUCGGACGAGCUGCAGAGACACCUGAGGACUCACACGGGGGAGAAGCGCUUUGUGUGCCCGGACUGCUGCAAGAGGUUCAUGAGGAGCGACCAUCUAGCCAAGCACGUGAAAACGCACCAGAAUAAGAGGAGCAAGUGCCACGAGAAGACGCUUGAUCAUGUCAAGAGAGAGGACACCAGGAGUAUGUUGUAACACGGCUCACCUAUAGCCCCGUUUCGUACCCAAGCGUUGCCAUUUCGUACCUCCAUGCCACUGCUUAUCCGUGUCUCCCCACCCAGACAAUUUUUUUCCCCAGAAAUUACAGAGGCUCAAGCUUGACUUAUAAUUUAAUUCAACUUCAUAUGUUCUGAAGAAACUCUUUGUUUCUGUUCAAAUCAAAUCAAAUCAAACUUUAUUUAUGUAGCAUCUUCCAGCAACGCACUGCGUUUGACACGCUGUUGAUCGUGAGCCCUUUACAAACCUAUCAACUCUUAUAAAAACAAAACUUUUAUGAGCCCCUGAUCCAACCUCCUAAUAGAUAAUAUACAUGAGUCAUGAAAAAAAAAUAAACUCCCAAUAGAGCGUGAGCAGAUAGCGGACAAAUACUUGAAAUCCUCAGCUGUCAGCUGCAGGUACGAAAUGGCCAAAAGUACGAAAUGGCAAGGGAAGCGAAUUGACCAGCACUCUUUAACGAUCAACACACCUAAAGCAGUAUAAUUUCAACAACAUAGUGCUGUUCAGUCAGUCAUUAGUUAAAGUGCACAUUGAGCUGCAUUUUUUUUUACAGGACAUUUGAAUUACCAGGUUGACUUCUUACAUCCUGACCGUAGUUUUUAACUCCGCUGGUCUGUGUGGCACAUUUCUCUGUGUGUGUACAAAAGUUUAACGAGUUCAUUUGGGAAGUUCAAACAAGUUUGGGUUGUUCACUGUUUAUAUCACAUCAAAGAAAAGGCAAGUUGUACGACUUGUGUUUCGAUUCAUUGUCUUCGGUGGAAGAUCUCACUCCCCUGUAAAAUUCUAUUUAAUAGCUUUUGUUGAAUGAAAGUGUCUGUUUUUUGCUCCAUAUGGGGGUGUCUUUUUUUUUUUUUUGUUUGUUUUUUUAAGCAUGCUCUUGAAAAGACCUGCUAUUGUUCCCAUGACCCAAAAUACUGUGUGAGAAUAAAAGUUAUAACAU